AUGUCUCUUUCCUGCAGACUGGCACCAUGUCGACCGUAGUGCCAGAGCUCCUUGCUAAGAAGCGCAAGCGGGACGAGCAGGCUGCCGCCGAGCGGGCAGCGGCUGCUCUGGAGUCUCGCAAGAAGUCCCGGGCCACUCGCAAGGAAAUCUUCAAGCGUGCUGAGAAGUAUGUGUCCGAGUACCGUUCCCAGGAGAAGGACAUCGUCCGCCUGAAGCGCGCUGCCAAGGCAAAGGGUGGCUUCUAUGUUCCCCCUGAGGCUAAGGUUAUCUUCGUUGUGCGCAUUCGGGGUCUCAACAAGAUUGCCCCCAAGACGAAGAAGAUCCUUCAGCUACUCCGCUUGAAGCAGCUGAACAUGGGCGUCUUCCUGAAGGUCAGCAAGCCGGUGCUGAACAUGCUUCAGCGCGUGGAGCCCUACGUGGCCUUCGGCUACCCGAACCUGAAGUCCGUUCGGGAGCUUAUCUACAAGCGUGGGUACGCUAAGAUCAAGGGCAACCGAAUCCCCCUGACGGACAACAGGAUCAUCGAGGAGCACCUGGGCAAGCACGGCCUUAUCUGCGUGGAGGACUUGGUGCACGAGAUCUACACGUGCGGUCCGAAGUUCAAGGAGGUCAGCACGUUCCUGUGGCCCUUCAAGCUGUCGUCGCCCAAGGGCGGCAUGGACAAGAAGCGCCUGCACUACGUGGAGGGCGGUCAGGCCGGCAACCGCGAGGACAAGAUCAACGCUUUCAUCCGCAAGAUGAACUAAGUGCAGCGUUGCAGCAGCAGCAGCAACACCUGAAGCUGGCAUCUGCAGCGGUGGGCUUGCUACCGCAGCUAUCAUGGUGGCGUUUGCUGGUGCAGCUGGGGGAACUGUGUCUAUGCUGUUCUCACGCUCUUGUAAGGAGUGCUUGUGUGCUCUGGAGGUCUGCGCCGCGUUACGUGACAGCUGCGCUUGUUGGCGAUGCGGUGAUCCUCGCGAUGUGACUUGGUCUUUCGGCGGGGAAGCUUGUAAUGGAUUUAACGGCGCGUCAGGCGUUUGGACUGGGCUGGAUUUGAAUGUGCAGAGCUAAAACAGGGUGAAAACAUAAAUCCCAUAACAGAAACUCAUUCUUGCGAGCUGAAAGUACUCCUGGCAGCCGCUACGCUUAUCGCAACCGUCUGUGCAAAUUACAAGAGGAUGCUAUGUCUGCAUAGCAACUCGUAAGCAUCCAUUAGCAACGCAUCAGCCAGUUCCACGCCAUCCAGAGUUGACUCCUCAUAAAAAGGCGGCCAGUUUGUCUGCCACCGCUGCGACCCACUCUCGCUCACGUUCCGUAAACGCCCUGUACGCACGUUCAGCACAAGUUGGUUGACGUUUUCAGCAACGCGCGCAGGCUGUAACAAGUCUUCUGC